ACCUCCCAAACAACAUCCUCUAGAGCCUUUGCAAGCCUUCAUUAGUUUAGUGAAUAGAGCUGGAACUCGUCAUGCCUCCUGCACAGCCGCGAAAGCCUGCCGAUGUCUCCGCAACAAACAAGGAGCGCAACGAGUAUAUCCCGGCCUUCAUCUCCAAGAAACCAUUCUACGCCAUCGACGAGUCCGGGUCAGACACCGACUACCUAGAGCAUCAGCGUCUACAGAAACAAGAAGCCGAUUCAAAAUGGUACGACCGAGGACGCAAGGCCGCCCCUGCCGCGACCAAGUUCCGCAAGGGCGCAUGCGAGAAUUGCGGAGCCAUGACCCACAAGAAGAAGGACUGCCUAAGCCGCCCUCGCAAGGCAGGCGCAAAGUGGACGGGCAGGGAUAUUGAAGCUGAUGAGCUGGUCCAAGAUGUGCAGUUGGGCUGGGAUGCAAAGCGAGAUCGGUGGAAUGGCUAUGAGGCGUCGGACUACAAUGCCGUCAUCGAAGAAUACAACGAGCUUGAGGAAUUGAAGAAAAAAGCCAAGGAAGCGAAUGCCGAGAAGAAGUCUGGGUCAGACGACGAGGAAGACGACGGCGACAAAUACGAUGCGGAGACGGAUAUGGGGAGGAAACAGGCGACAUCAACCAGGCAGCUGCGACUACGAGAGGACACGGCUAAAUAUCUACUAAAUCUGGACCUCGACUCGGCAAAAUACGAUCCUAAGACACGAUCAAUGGUGGAUAGCGGGGUAACGGCGGACAAUGCCGCGGCUCUGGUUGCUGAAGAAGGCUUCAUGAGGGCGUCAGGAGACGCGGCGGAAUUUGAAAAGGCACAACGAUAUGCCUGGGAGACGCAAGAGCGCGGAGACAAGAACAAGAUACACCUCCAAGCCAAUCCCACGUCUGGCGAAUACUUCCGGAAGAAGGAGCUGCAGGAAGCCGAGGAGAAAAAAGCAGCGCAGCGCAAGGCCUUGGCUGAGAAAUACGGAGUCCAGGAACAGUUCAAGGAUGACACUCUCAAAAAGCUUGCAGUGACGGAGUCAGAGCGCUACGUCGAGUACGACGAGCGAGGCCGCAUCAAGGGAGCACCUAUUGCCAAGGCCAAGUCGAAGUAUCCAGAAGACAUCCUUAUCAACAACCACAAGUCUGUCUGGGGAAGCUGGUGGUCAAAUUUCCAAUGGGGAUAUGCAUGUUGUCACUCAACGGUUAAGAACAGCUACUGCACUGGCGAGGACGGCAAGAAGGCGUUCGAGGAGGCGGAUCGAUUGCGGACUGCUGCGGAUAUGGAAGAGGUGCCCAAAGCAGUCGCCUGGAGGGAGGAAGAAGCUCUCGAAGAGCACGUUCCGAACGCCGUGGAGAGCGAUCAGAAAUCUAAGCAAGACUCGUCACGAAGGAAACGCACUCUGCACGAGAUGACCAGCGGCGUCACGGAAGAAGAGAUGGAGGAGUAUAGGCGGAAGAGAACUCAAGCCAACGACCCGAUGGCUGCCUACCUAGGCAAGAGUGAUCCCGUCCGGUAGACUGUCAGCUUCACUUAUCUAUUCAUUUAGCUUUCAAGCAUUAGCGGGCGUAUUUUCUGCAUUGCGUGGCGUUGGUGGGGCAGACAUCUCUUCAACUCGAGAUCGGAG